GCCUGAUCUACAGUGCUGGCAGAAGUCUCUCAGUUGGUGUAGGCGAUGCUGUGGCAGGGGAUCUGGUGCACUGUCUUUCCUGGGCAUUGUCAUCUUGGGUGAAGAAGCUAAGGUAGAGUGAGUCAAGGACCGCCUGUGAAAGAAUCUCCUUGGGCAGUUUUUAUUUUCCAAGUGGCUUUUGUUGAUUGGAAUACAGAUUGAAAACUUGAAAGGAUCAUGCUUUGCGUCCUGAAACUGAUUGUGAUUCUAGUGAUCCUGGCCCCUGUAGGUUAUCCACAGGGCCAGCCAGACUUGACUGUUUCCUUCCCUCAGCUGAGAGUGCAUGUGGGUGAAUCAGCCUUGAUGGGAUGUGUUGUCCAGCGCACAGAAGAGAAACACGUGGACAGAGUGGAUUGGCUAUUCUCGAAAGAUGAAGAUGGUGAGAAUGAAUAUGUGCUGUACUACUAUUCCAACCUUAGCGUGCCUACGGGGCGCUUCCAGAACCGGUCACAUUUGGUGGGGGACAUCUUUCGUAAUGAUGGUUCUCUCCUGCUCCAAGAUGUUCAAAAGGCUGACGAGGGAAUCUACACCUGUGAAAUCCGCCUCAAAAAUGAGAACAUGGUGUUGAAAAAGCCCGUGGAACUGCUCGUGCUACCAGAGGAUUCUAAAGAGCUCAAAGUCCGUGUAGGUGAUUCAACCCAGAUGAGUUGUUUUGUCCAGAGCACAGAAGAGAAACGGGUGACCAGAGUAAACUGGAUGUUUUCUUCAGGAAAGCAUGCUGAGGAGGAAAUUGUCAUGAGCUAUGACUUCAACAUGCGUAGUGGAAACUUCCAGAACCUGGGCCGCUUCCGGAACCGUGUAGACCUGGCAGGUGACAUCUCUCGCAAUGAUGGCUCAAUCAGGCUUCAAACAGUGAAGGAGUCUGACCAAGGAAUCUACACUUGCAGCAUCUACCUGGGAAAGCUGGAGUCCAGGAAAACCAUUGUGCUGCAUGUGAUCCAGGACGAAUCUCAAAGGUCAAUUUCACCAACUCCUCGAAUUUAUGAGACUCAGCGGGGGAUCCUGGAUGGGAAUCAGCUGGUGAUCAUUGUGGGGAUCGUCUGCGCCACCUUCCUGCUGCUUCCAGUUUUGAUAUUAAUUGUGAAGAAAACCAAGUGGAAUAAGAGUUCAGUAAGCUCUAUGGCUUCUGUGAAGAGCCUGGAGAACAAAGAGAAGACUAGACCAGAGAAGCAUAUCUACUCCUCCAUAACUACGUGGGAGACGGUAGAGACAGGACCAAGUGGAGAAUCAGAGGCUACCUACAUGACCAUGCAUCCAGUUUGGCCCUCUCCAGUCAGAUCCAAGUAAUUUGGUUGAAAAGGGAAAGUCAGCUUGGGGAAUUCCCAAAACAGAGCAAACUUUCUGAGAAGAAGAGACUCUUUUUGGUGGUCCCUGGGGCCACUAUGCCAGCUAUUUUAGACUUGUGCAUUCCAGCUGGUCUUGGCCUCCAUCAAAGGCCUCAAGAUGGAGGGUUUGGAGUCCAGCAGGAAGAUGGAACUGCUCCAGAUAACCAGGCACUGAUGAAGGGAGGCAGACCUCGGACUUCUCCCAGAAAUAGUGUGCUGGCUGGUGAGCAUGAGGAGCUGCCUGAUCUACCUUGUGCUUUCAAGCACUCCAUUGGGCCGGAUCUGUAAUGUGAACAUUACAUAAUGGUUUGUUUGUUUGUUUGUUUGUUUGUCUUUGUGGAUGAGCUACUAAGAGACUCACAGAAAUAUAAACCAACAAAAACCAAUUCUUUUGAUGAAUUAUCCCCAAAUAAGUGUGGCUUAUGGAAACCAUCUUUUUUUUUUAAUGUCCCAGAUGAAGGGCAGGUAGGGAAAUUUCAAGCAUGGACCUCCUGAGAAAGUGUUCUUUGAGGAGAGCCACAAUGAGUUCAACAUCUGGGGACUGGUUUGGUUCUGGGGGAAGGUUUAGGGGUAACAUGUUGGAAGUGGGAUAUGAAAACAGCUUUAGGAUUUCCUCAUGCUAAUUGGAUCUGCAUUGGUAGCUGAAGCUAAGCCUGUGGAGUUUGGACAUUCAUCUUUUUCAAAAGUGUUGAACAGGCUUGCCAAAGCAAAUGGCCAGUGAUUGAAUUCUUGGUCUGAAAUAUGAGAGUCCUAUACUUGUUAUUGUUAUCAUGAGAUUUAAAUGGGUCAAUCUUAUUUUAAAAAAUUCUCAAAUGGGAGUGGUGCUGGAGAAAUAGCUCACAGUUAGGAGAACUGACUGCUCUUGCAGAAAACUGGGGUUUGAUGCCCAGCGUCCACAUGGUGGGUCAUAACUCUUCCAAGGGAGGUGACACUGGUACACGGACAUACAUAUAGGCAAAACACCCAUAUACAUAACAUUUUUUAAAAAUGUUCAAUAAAAACUAAAUAAAAAUGUUGAUCCUAAAA